AUGGCAACAGCCGCUGAGAAAAAGGUGACCCCGCCUCCAGAAAAUAGCUCUAUUCCUACCGCAACUGUCGAGGAUGAACCUUCUCCCGCUAUAGACAAGACUCUAAAGUGGGUAUGGUUUGCCGGCCAUGCAAUAACUAUCGUUGGUACCCUCCUCUAUCUCCUCUCUGUGGUUCUCUUCCGCUCCAACAGACUGUUCUAUGUGAUUGCUUAUUUGGGCAUCAUUACGUCUUACGCCGUGAUUGUUUACAGAGCGUUUGGACUUCCUAAGGAACACAAGCCAUAUCUGUCUCGACUCCUCCUCGAUGAAAAUGCUAUCUAUAUGUUCUUGGCAAUGUACUGGAUCAUCACCAAACCGAUCGCCAUUACACUCGCUCCGUAUGCCAUCUAUUCCGCCUUCCAUAUUGCGGAGUAUGCGCGCGUGCAUCUUCUCCAUCAUAAGCCUGAAACUCAGCGCAUGCUCAAAGACCAGAACGAAAAGUACUACUCCAGAGCUAUGCUGUUGGCGGCAGAAGUCGAAAUCUAUGGAGUGAUGGCAAGGUUGAUUUUAGGCGCUAUAACCUUUCAAUCGUCUGCGUUUUCUGUCUUGCUCUUUGCCCACUUUUUAAGACUCCGCUAUCAUAUGAGUGAACAAACCCGUAAUGUAUUCGCCUCUAUUAGCGACCGCCUUGACAAGCUAAUCUUGCCACCACAAGCAAACAAGAAGAUCCCACCAGCUGUACAAAAGGCUUACAACAAGAUGAAAGUAUUGUUGACCCGAUAUGGCGGUUCUCCAAUUCGCCGAAAGACAAUGUAA